AUGACUGUUCAAAUUUUUGCACCAAUUUCCUUUGAAGGUUCACCAACGUCUCAGGCUGACAUCUUAACAAAAUCAGCACUCGAAUUCGUCGUAUUACUUCAUAGAACUUUCAAUGAAACUAGAAAGGAAUUGCUUUCAAACAGAAAGAAGUUGCAGGCAGAAAUCGAUGCUGGGGCAGAUUUGCACUUCUCAAAUGACAGCCGCAUCACAGAUUCAGUCUGGCAAGGUGCUUCCCCUGCACCAGGGCUUAUUGAUAGAAGAACUGAAAUCACCGGCCCCCCGGAACGUAAAAUGAUUGUCAAUGCAUUAAACACUCCAGUUAAGACUUAUAUGGCAGAUUUUGAAGAUUCGACUUCUCCAAAAUGGUCUAAUCUUUUGAAUGGUCAAGUAAACUUGUAUGAUGCAAUUAGAAAUCAAGUAGAUUUUGUUGACUCGAACACUGGAAAAGCCUAUAAGGUAGAUAGAUCUCCUGAAAGGCAUAUCCCUACAAUCUUGGUGAGACCAAGAGGUUGGCAUAUGGUUGAAAAACAUCUUCUUAUAGAUGGUGAACCUUGUAGUGCAUCAAUUUUUGAUUUCGGUUUAUACUUUUAUCACAAUGCCAAAGAAUUGAUUGCCAAGGGCCAUGGCCCAUAUUUUUAUUUGCCUAAGAUGGAACAUCAUUUAGAAGCUAAGCUCUGGAAUGACAUUUUCAACGUUUCUCAGGACAUUUUAAAAAUCAAGAGAGGAACUGUAAGAGCAACUGUGUUAAUUGAAACUUUACCUGCCGCCUAUCAAAUGGAAGAAAUUCUCUAUCAGUUAAGGGACCACUCCUCGGGGUUAAAUUGUGGUAGGUGGGAUUACAUAUUCUCUACCAUAAAAACUUUCAAAAACAGACCAGAUAAAGUUCUUCCAGACAGAGGCUUAGUAACAAUGACUGUUCCCUUCAUGUUGGCAUAUUGUAAGAGGUUAAUUGAAAUAUGCCAUAAAAGAGGUGUGCAUGCAAUGGGUGGAAUGGCAGCUCAAAUUCCAAUCAAGGACGAUCCAGAGGCCAAUCAAGUAGCCAUGGAUAAGGUAACCAAAGAUAAAUUAAGAGAAGUCACCAUGCACUAUGAUGGGACUUGGGUUGCACACCCUGCCUUAGCCACAAUAGCAAAUUCGAUCUUCGACAAGUACAUGCCAACUCCGAACCAAAUCUAUUUCACCACAGUUGCAGACGUUUCGGAAUUGGAUCUAUCAAACACGACCGUUGUUGGAGGAUCUGUGACAUUAGAUGGAAUCAGACAGAAUAUAUAUAUUGCACUUUGUUAUAUUGAGUCAUGGCUCCGUGGUGUCGGUUGUGUUCCUAUUAACUACCUUAUGGAAGAUGCGGCUACUGCGGAAGUAUCUAGAUUGCAGCUUUAUUCAUGGGUUACAAAUGGAGUCGUAUUGGACGAUGCUAAGGUUAAUAUCACACCUGAAUUGAUGGAGUCAAUUUUGAAUGAAGAAACUGCAAAAUUGGUGCAACUGCAUGGUGAGGGUAAUAAAUUCCAAAUGGCUGCAAAUGCGCUUCUUCCUGAGAUCAGAGGAGACAGCAUUAGUGAUUUCUUAACUACUAUGAUCUACGAUAAUGUAGUCGAAAUCGGCAAGCUGGUCAAUUUAGAAAGUUUGAAGCCUUAG